AUGGAAGAUCUAUCGGACAGUUUGGUUGUUCCUGAAGAGGAGGAAUCGGUUCAGGCGAUUGUGCCCGAAAACACUCAGCCCUCGCAAACAUCAACAUCUUUGCUGCUGAAGAAGAAAAAGUUAUUGGAAAAAAAGGAAGCGGUUGCAGCAGCCGAGGGCAAACUAUGGGAACAAUCAAUGGCUGUUCUGGCGCAAACCACCGACAGCGAGCUGAAUGUGAAACAAUCACGCGAAGGAUACGAGAAGAUCAAAAAUCAGUAUCUUUUUGCGGUGGCAAAGGCUGUGAAAGAUGCAAAAAUUGACGCCCUGGAGAAUUCUUUAAAUCGUUCACUGCGCGCAACCCAGUUCGAAAAGAGAGCCGAACGUUUGCUGAAGCUGAUAGAGGAAAGAAAGCAGGCGCUUGUUUUGGAGCACAGCGAACUGUCGCAACAGAUGGAAACGCUCAGAAAAACGCUCGAGGCAAAAUUAUCUGAAAAAAGAGCGAAUGAGCAACUGAACGAUAAGCUGUUAGCUGAGAUGAUGGAGGCGUCCGCUUCACCCGCCUUUGGUGAUUUGGAUAAAGUCGUCGACGAAGAGGAACAAGUGCGAAGACAAGAGACGGAUCUUCACCAGAAACUUGACGAAGCUGCAACUGAAUUGGUUCGGAAUGAAGAAGAGACGAAAACUGUGUUGGAUGAGGGAGAAGAAAUUAACGCUGAGAUUGAAUCACUGAACAAGGAACUGGAACAGCUGGCGACGAAGGAGGAUGAAAAUCCUGAAGUAGUUGCUGUUUGUAACAAAACUCUUCGUGAUAAUCUGGAGGUGGAAAUGAAUGGAAAACUGCUGAUCGAGCAGGAAGGGAUCAAAAAACUGGAGACCGAACUGAGCAUCGCAAAGCGAGUGAAUGCAUCAAAGCUAGCGAUUGUUGGCGACGAAGAUCUGCGGCGUGACUGGGACGAAGAGACUGAAAAAGCCAAGGACGAGAAGAGGCAGGUGAAUGAGGCACUGGCUGAUGCGCAACAGGAAUGUGGCACUCUUCGCAUAAAGCAAAUGGACUUAGAGAUCGAAAUGGAACUUACUGGUGCACGUCAAUUCCACGUUACCGAAAUGGCAUACAUUGAUAAUGAUAUCGACAAAAGGAACGAGUAUUUGGAUAAAAUUCUUGCGCAACAGGAGCACGACAAACGUGAUCAGGUUGAUGUUUUAUACAAAACAAGCAAAAAAACUGUUUGCUCGAAUUUUUUUUUCGCAAAAAUCAACAGCAUGUGCGAUCUUCUUUCACAUCACAGUAUUUUAAAGGAGAAUGUAACCAGUGUUAUUUUUAUGCGUUUUUUGCAGCUAUGCAACGCAGAAAACGCAUAUUGA